AUGCUACGACUACUUCUCCAAAACCCCUCUUUUACCCGUGUUCCUAAAUCAUUUAUCAGAAGCCAGUCCAAUAUCGCACUACCAUUCUUGUACAAACUAGAACCAAAAUGUCGAUCGUGUGGGAUCAAAUUGCAAACCGAUGAUGCAUCGAAACCCGGCUACUUUAUCCAACCAAGUGGAACAACAAUCACUGGUGCAUCCAGUAAUGAAAAGAAAUAUACCAAGAAUGAAAACCAGGUGUUUGAGAAGUUGAGUCAUACUUUACCACCAGAGGAUCAAGAGCUAUUAUUGAGCAACACAUUCAAUGCUGGUCCCGCUCAACAACGAGAAAAUAAACAACAAGACAACGUUGGCACCGUCACUUCCUCAUCGCUCAAUAACAAAGGAGAAACUGUGCAUGAAGUUCUUGAGAAAAUAUACACUGUUGAGCCAGAUGAGAAUAGUCACGAUUGUAUACGAUGUCGCCAAAUGACAUACAAUUCCAGCUACGAAAUGGACAGCGAAAACUACCCCAUUGACCAACUACAUCACGUCUUGCACAAUAUCCCCAUUGAAGCGCCACUAGUUUACUUGUUCAGUGCCAGUGACUUCCCCAUGGGUAUAAACCCCGACGUGUUUCAAUUUCGCAAACCACAAGAUGUGUAUUUUGUCAUGACCAAGACUGAUAAACUUAUUGAAAAGAGUAAAGAAGCAUCGCAAAACUAUACUCGGCAGUUCAUUCAGGAUUACUUGCAUAUACAGUACAAAGUUCCUCGUAGUCAUGUGUUUAUAUCGCUGGGGAAGAAUAAUUGGUCAGUUAAACAAUUGUAUCAUUUCAUACCCAAUGGGGCUUAUAUUAUCGGAAAUACCAACUGUGGUAAAUCCACACUAAUCAAGAGUUUGUUACUCGAUGAAGAAUUGCAAAGGAAAAAAGACCAGCAGUUGAACAGUAAAGCUGAUAAUGUGAAACUACCACCAAGUUUAAUCAACAAGAUGAAACAGAAAUUUGUUUCCUCAUUCUUGACAAAAAUCGGCCCUGGUAUUUCAUACUUACCUGGGUUCACUCGUGACAUAAUCCCAGUUGAAGUGGGGUUGAAAUUGGUUUAUGAUGUGCCUGGCUUCAAUACCCACUUUGAAAAAAUGCAUCAACUAUACGACUCAUUCAAGUCCCCCAAAGAUAUCCAUCGAUUGAUUAAAGGUGCGCUGACUUUUGAACGUGGUAUUUACAAAUCACCAUACAUCACCAUCCGAGGACCACAAGUUGUCAAUUUUGAAGGAUUGGGGUUUUUGCAAUUACCCAAAGGUGGGAUUUAUCAAUUGCGCAAUGUCACCAAUUUGCAAACACAUGUAUUUAGUGAUAUUUUGAAAACCAAGAAAAUUUUGCAGAAUGGAGUACCACGAGCAUUGGAGAAUAAAUUUGCCAUUGACGUACUGGGCAAAACAAUUGAACGGGAUUAUGAAAAGUUCUUGGUACCGCCAUUUUAUGGCACUGUGGAUUUGGUAUUUGAGAAUUUCGGAUACUUGAAUUUGAAACCGGUUGGGAGUAAACGUACUAAUGAGUUGUUGAAAUUGUAUUUGUAUCCUGGUGUCAAUGCCAUUUUGAGAGAUCCUAUUACUAAUUAUAUUGCCAAGACGUUCAGCGGAAAGGACAAGCAUGGAAAUGUGGUUGAUAAGAGUGAGUAUUUCAAAAAAAGUAGGUUCCAUUUGAUUAGAUACAAGGAGAGUCAUCCGAUAUGCUCGCAGUUGUGUCCACUAGAGAGAAAGGAGACGUCAGAGGUCGAUGAAGGUGUUGAUGUGGAUAUGGAUGUGGAUGUUGAGCAAGCGAUAAGGAAAAUUCGGGAUGAGGAAUAUAGACGUUUGAAUGAGUGGGUGCGAGAGGGGCGGCAAGAGACAAAGAGGCAGAAUAGGAGCACGAUGAGUGGAAAUGAUUAUGGGCGUGGAUUGGAGAGUGAGUACAGCUACAAUAACGAGUAUGAUAUGGAUGAACGGACAAAGUUUAACUUUUGGAGAGAGUGA